CUGGAUCCCGAUCCUACUCUACCUCCCUCUAUGCUAUAUGGAUGAUUGCUGACCUUCAUAUUCUCAAACAGCCAUGUCCGUCGUCCUCCUGCCACGCUCCUUUCUUGUCCCCGUCAUCAGCGUCGUCACUCCCCAGGCCGGUGCGCACGUCCGGUCCUAACUAAUCCCUAAUUAUAACCCGCCCACCAUCUCCGUCCAUCUCCGCCCACUCCCGGUUGUCCCUGGAAAAGGCCCUCUUUUGUGAAGAGGGGGGCGACUUUUUCCAGGCGACGUGUAAAAUCCUUUUUUACUGUCAGAAUUUAUCACGAAAUACUGAAUUGACUCCUGUGAAGACCAUACCGACCGUGACGACCUCGAUGAUCUGUCCUCUUUCGCGCGCUUCGUUCGUCCUUCCCGGAUUCGAUAGAUCAGUAUAGCUUCCACCCCCCUUUACUGAUCGCGUGAGGCAUGAUGAUUGCCCUCUUCAAUCCGACUACGAUUCUCGUCGGAUUCCUCCUGCUCUACCUCUCCUCCUUUUUCGUCUUCGCCAUCGUCCGGAUCGCAACGGGUAUCUCCAUUCAGCGCAUUGGUUACUUUUCCCUUCGUCGCAUCGCAUACGCCCCGAGAGAUGGCGUCCAGAUCGAGAUUCGUGGCCUUGGGCUGUCGUUACACCCCCCAUCGUUCGCCCAACCGACAUGGAUAAGCGUCCGUUUGUCAGGCCUGAAGGUGACGUUAGAUCUGUCCAAGGGGAAGGGGAGGAAUAAGGGUGCAGAACACCAUUCCGAUGGAUCCGAGACUCCCAGCUCGCCGGAGGAUCGGAUUGAACAAGAAUCAAAUGGUGCCACUUCAGACGCGUCGCGGAGCAAGACCUGGAAGACAUUGACACAGCUCAAGGAGAAAGUCAAGCGACUGCACCGGCAGAUCCAUUGGCUGGCCCUGGUUGAUGUCGUAGCUGUCAACUCCACACUUCGCAUUCAGGAUGUGGGCCAGAUCCAGGUGGGAUCCGUCUCCUUGGCUGUCGAUACCCGGCGCAAGAUGGUGGACAGAGGAAAGGUGUUCCGUCGGAAGAAGGAUAACUCCCUUGAACAACGCCCGGCCGAAUGGAUUAUGAACAUCAAUAACGUUUUACUGUCGGUGGACGGGGGAGAACCAGCGGAGCUGUUGGACCAUGUGGGCUUCAACAUCCAUGGACAUCUCCAUAAGGAUCUUGACGGGCUCCGGGACGCCUCCGUCGCAGCCAAAAUCGGGCGUUUACAUAUCCCAUUCGAUGAUUUGACCUCCUUUAUGCGGCGAAUCAAGCAGUUUAAGCGAUCCGCUAAAGGGUCCACGAACGACAGUGACAUCGAAAAUGAGAUGUCCUUUGCCGAUUUUGUGGAGGAACUAGACAAACCUGGAAGCCGGGAUGAUGCCAUCGUGCAAACAGUUGCGGACUCGAAGGAGCUUGCCAGUUCCCUAUUGCGUGGGAUCCAGGAGAUCCAGGUUGCUCUAAGCUUUUUCAGAUUGUCACGGUCAAUCGAAGCCCUUUCAACAGACCAGAAUCCCAUGUAUCUCAACAUUGUUUCUCAUGAGAUUGGCGUUGACCUGCAUAGAAUGGACCAAAAGAGUCCCGCCCAUCGCAUGUAUUUCCAACGCACCGAUGUCGCCCAUCAGGCCCUUCUCGCCGCGAUUUCACUUUCGGUCAGCUUGGACGACAGCUCUGGAGAAACGGACAACAUUCUGUACAUACCCAUGGCCACAACCACGAUCAAAACGACGCUGCCCUCGAAGACCGUCAGCUCCACCGAAAACUACAAUCCCGACGAGCGGAACACAAAUAUUCUUUUUGCGAAUCUUGUCAUCACAUCCCCUUCCUUAGAUCUCGAGCCACGGCAUGUUUCUCGGCUUUUAGGACUCGUGCAGGGGCGGGCAUCCCCUUCUCGCGGAAAGAAGAGGGAUAACCACCACCUCAUAUCGCGACUACUUCCAAAAGCCAGUAUUAAGCUGUCUGUCCACGAACCAGUCGUUCGAUUCGUCCUCCCAGCUGGGACAGAUUCGGGGGCUACUUCCGACGACGACUACAAUUUACUGAUUUCCUCCAUCUCAUCUAUCUCGCUUGAUAUUGAAUCAUCCCACUCAUCCGAAGGAGGUAUUCAUUACGCUCUCGCGUCAGUAUACCGUGUCGCCUCGCAUCAACUAUACUACCAGACUCCGUCCGGCGUGAAACACAAUUUGCUCACAACCGAGAACAUGGAAUUCAAAGUCCACCUUAGUGCGUCUCCGGAAGUCUACGUUAUUGCUUCUGGGUCCUUGAAUACUUGUUCCGCACACAUGGUCAACGCAGAAGUGAACCGCGGUAUACGUCAGGUGAUUGAGCAGUUUAGCGCAGUGUUACGCCCGAAGAAGAGGAUGCCAUCACCGGCUGAAGAGCACAAACCCAGCAUCUUAAGACGCAUGCCCCCCUGGCUGCUUCGAUUCCAAUUUGAAGCCACAGGGUUUAGCUUGGAAAUCGCUGGAGUCGACAAAGAUGUGUCAGACGUUUCCCGCGGUGUCUCAUUGCAACUUCAAUCUUGGACUGCGGACUACAGGGCUCAAAAGACAGAACAAAACGUCAUUAGCCUCGCCAGGCGGCGAACUCCCAGUCAUUCGACGAUUGGUGAUGAGUCGCCGUUCCGAUUCCCUCCAACCUCCCCUCCAAGACAGAUACAAAAGGGCGCCGCCGAUGGAAGGCGGUUGGCGAUUCAUGUUCGGGGCUUUGAGGGCUUCGUCAUCGAGUCCGACGACUACCUUGAGCCUGAGGCUUUCUUCUCCCUUCCGAGAUUCGAGGUUGCUCUGAGCACGUUGAGCGACCGCUUGGGUCCUAUUUUCCAUAUCAAUUCCAUGAUCAAGGGCGUCUAUCUUCAAUACUCCCUCUAUCGACUCUAUUGCCUUGGCAUUGCGAUGUCCGUCCUCCAGGAUGCUUUCACGCAAGGUCCUUCCGACAAAUCUGACAAGGAACCUCCAUCGGAUAUCAAAAAUGCGGCCCCUCCUAUGCCCCCACCACGCACACCAGGUCCGAGGAAUGAGCUUACUUCAAUCGACGUAAGGGCUACCGUUGUGCAGGUUAAAGCCACCUUGCCGUCAGAUCCCAAAAUGAUGUUCCAGAUCUAUGGGGUAACGGCUGGUUCCCAUCGUCUUUCUGCUCCUUUUCUGAGGGCCCAAUUAGUGCGAUUGCAUGCGGAGGCUCCCAAACUGAACGGUAUUUGGGCGCGGAUUGGGAGUAUGAACAAUGUCAGAAUUGAUCUACGGAAGAUCAAGUUGAAGCAAGGAGCCAACCUAGUUGAAGAGAGGUCUAUAGAUAUGUGGGCCGACUUCAUCCGGGUGGGCGUUCCUCAUCACAUGGUGAUGCAUCGCAUUUUCGACAACAUAAUCAACACCUCCAAAGCGAUCAAACAGCUCCGGCCCCGCUUCACAGGUCACCCUGCAGAGCUUGAAACCGACAGGGAACCGGAGGAGCCAAAGAAAGUCCCGAGAGUAUCGCUACGCAGCAAAGCUUUGCUCUUUGAAUUGGAGGAUGAUGCGUUCGAAUGGAAGCUCGGUUGCAUUUACCGUACCGGUCUGCUUGAGCAACGCCAGCGCCUGGCUCGGGAAGAGGCAUUCGAUUUGAAGGUCCAGAAAAUCAAAGAAUCAAACCAGCAACGCGGCUCGUCGCGGCUGCGGGCGAAGUCGAGCCAUCGGACUCUUCGCAGUGAGCGGACCACCAAUGAAGGGAAACGAAGAAGCAAGAGUGCCGAUGGCCACGAUGAUUCUAAUGGGAAAGGCAGGAAAUUCCGUUACGAUACGGAGGGUUCAACCUGUCUUUCCUCUGAGUCCAAGGUAUCGGCAGAGAAGGCGUGGUAUCGACUCCAGGAGCACAAUUCCGCAAACUGGAAGAAGAAGAUCGACGCUGCGCUUCGUUUCCAGGAUAUCUCGGUCAGAGAGAUUCGAAGUCUCUUUUCUGGAGCCGACGAGCCCCCCGAAGACGCGAAGGACACAGAGCCUAUUCUUGCCAUUCCGAACCGACCCGGCCUCAUGUCAGCCCUGAUAAGUGACGUGAAUCUGGUCAUCGACAAGCCUUCAUUCCCAUUCGAUGAUUAUCCGAAAUUCCUUCACGCGAUUGGAAAGGGCAUGCCCAUGUCGAUGCAAUAUGCCUUGCUUAUUCCAAUGAGUAUCCAGCUGGACAUGGGCGAAGCUCGCGUUACUUUGAGGGAUUAUCCGUUGGACUUGAUUCACAUUCCGGCCCUGCGUCCCGGCCAACCUCCAAGGAUGCCAAGUUGGUCGCUUCGUACCGAUUUUGUCAUCGCGGAGGAGUUCCGGGACUACAAGUCGGCUAGACAAGUCAGGUUGGAACUUGUGCCUUCGAGUCCACUUCCCGACGGGUCCAUGACCCCUCCAGUUGAAAUUGAUGUCUGGCGAUCUGUCUCCCCUGUCAAGACAUACUCAAAUCCGACAAUUGAGAUCAACACCAAUCUCCCAACAAGCAUCUCCUGGGGUAUGUCCUACCAGCCUGUAGUCCAGGAUAUGAUGAAGAUUAUCGAAGGCUUCACCAAGCCCGAAAUUGAUCCGUCCGACAGGGUUGGUUUCUGGGAUAAGAUCAGACUCAGUUUCCAUUCCCGACUCCGAGUUGUCUGGAAGGAAGAUGGAGACGUCCAUUUGCGACUAAAGGGCUCACGAGAUCCGUAUGUUGUGACAGGCUUUGGUGCCGGCUUCGUAAUGUGUUGGCGCAGGGACGUGAAAUGGAACAUCCAUACCAGCGAUAACCCGACAGAGUUCAUGAGUGUUACCAGUGGGGAAUACGUUUUGGCUAUUCCGGACUAUAGCCAUGAAGCGCGAUACGCUUUCGAAGCGUCGGCACAGGAUCUGGAAAGCAUCUCGGCGUCAAGUGACCUGAAAAAUGCGGCUCACUUCAAGAAGGUCGUGAUGAAGUUAUCCGGCGACGUCAGAUGGGGUGCUGGCUUGGUCUUCGAACGCAUCGUUGACGGCGACAAACGGUCGAGUGAAUUCAGGCCGCAUUAUGAUGUUGUUCUCCAAAAUCCCAAAUUUGUCGAUCCGUCGGUAGAGCCGAACUACGAUGCCUACAAUGGUUUCCGGAGUGAUUAUAUCCAUCUCAAUAUCUCAGUUGUGGCCCCGGAGAGUCGAGAUUGGUCCGUGGACGGUGUUCAACCAUCAGCAAGUUACAACACUGUCCAUUUGACUCCACGGUUCUUCACCCACUUCUUCAGCUGGUGGUCCCUCUUCUCUGGAGUAAUGUCAUUGCCUGUUCGGCAAGGUCCUCUCUGGCCGGGCAUCACCAAGGCGGCGAAGAAGUUCAAUCGUCAUCUGGCCACCGUCAAAUACCAGCUGCUUUUUGCCCCAUUGUUUGUUGCUCACAUUUACAAGCACAAGGACCGUGAGGACUAUGGCGAAGAUGCGGUGGUUUCGACGGGUCUGAAAGUUCGACUGGACAGCUUCAAGCUGGAUAUCCACCAAAGACGAGAACAGACUCACACACAAGCCACGACGGGACCUUCGAAUGAGACAAAGGCAACUGCAAUGCGGAUCAACCAAGCCCAACUGGACCUUUUAGCCGCAGAUUUUCGAGCUGUUUCGGCUAGAAUUGAGGGUACGAACGCCGAAGAUAUCGAGCAAAACAGAGACGAUAUUAUAUCCUCUUUCCAGCAGCCGGUCGCCGCCGUCGACCUGUCUCGUUUCACGAUUCCUGAUCACAAUCUCGACUGGAUUGACAUGGAUGACUUUGUCGAGCUCGACUGGAUAUUGCCGCAAGAGUCGAACCCUCGUACACAGAUCCUACCUUUGGCCUUCACUCCGCGCUUUACGUACUUCCGCCAGACGGACCAUGGAGAGAUUGCGCCAGGCGAAGAUGGCUAUAGUCAAUUUGGAAAUGAGCAGACCCAUGAAUGCGUCAUGUCUGAGACCAACGAUCCUCGUCGGGUGCAGAUGGAGUUGAUCCGAGACCGCCUUGCUACCGUUGAGUCGCAGAUACGGAACUACGAUCGUACGAUUGGCGAGCACGAGCUUCGAAUGGCAAGAGAUGUCGACAAUAACCCUGACCUGAAGAGUCAGCAUGAGCUUUAUCUUCGCCAGGCAGAGUCACUGUCAAGAAGACGGAACUUCCUUUCCGGAGGGCUUAAUCGUCUUGAAAAACAUCUCGCCAAGGAGGAAGCGCAAAAGAAACCUGAAAACCUCGCCAGUGGGGAUUCAUCUCGAAGCGGUACCGAUACUGAGUCAACAACCGAAAGCCAAGAGUCUUAUUUGGGUGGACUGUAUGCCUCUCCUCACGAUGAGUUCGCCAGCGACUUCAACAAUCGUUUCGUUAUCCACAACGUGCAAUUGAAGUGGAAUAACGCGCUCAGGAACAUUAUUCUGCGGUACGGCCACCAAGUCAGCCAGAGACGAGGGUUCGUAUACUACAUGUCGCGAAGGGCGGUCAAAUUCAUCCUUGAUAUUGUCGCCGAACAGAGCAAGCACAAGCCGGGACAUCCGUCCAAGCCUCCCUCUAAGUCAGAAGACGAGCCUGAAGCCGAAGAUGGUGAUGAUGAGAGUGUCGAGGAGCGUAUUGAGCAACUGCUCAGCGAUGCGAAGCGCUAUGUGUACGCCGACGACCAGGCUGAUCCUCCCGACGCUGCUAAACGAAAGGGCUCGAGAGAUGACUCGACUGCGAAUAUUGCCCCUGAGUUCACGCCUCAAAACAGUUACCACUUGCGAUUAAUCGCGCCGCAGAUCCAACUCCAAAGCGAAAAGAAUCAGAAGUCUGUCCUGCUUGUCGCCGCCAAGGGCAUGCAGCUGAAGGUUGUGUCUAUCAUGGAUAAAGAGCGCGUGUCAGAUGAUGUAUCUGGUCUGGUGCAGCGUCGUUUCUCCCUGGAGAUGGAUGGAGCACAGUUCUUUGUGGCCACGCAGAAGAAACUGAUGGCUCACUUGCAGUUCUACGCUGGCAACAAAUACGGCAAUCCACCUGGUUCUGCAUGGCCUCCUUGGUUGACGCUUGAGGCGAUGUUCGACUUCGAGUUGAAUCCGUUUGGUUUCUCCCGGAUUGUGCAAAAGACCUCGGCCAGCUUGAGAUAUGACAAGUACAACAACCUUCGCUUGAAGUACAACGACGAGGUGGCCAAGGGAGAUUCCAGCACGCAUAACGACCGAACCGCAAACGAAGCCAGAAUGGACCAGAUCUUCGUCGACUUUCCCCAUAUCCGCGCCAUUUGUGACUCAGCCGAAUAUUAUUCCAUGUACAUCAUCGUCCUUGACCUGCUACUCUACAGCGAGCCCCUGGAGAAGGUCAGAAAUGAGCGCCUGGAAAAGAUCAUGCUCACGUCCGACUUCAGCGACCUCAGAGGUGCUCCGGAGAUGGUGUUCAAACUUCAGUCUCGUAUCCAGCAGCUCGAAGAGAUCAAGGAACAUUUCGAGAUCCACGCCAAGCACCUGGACAAGAGAGGCUGGGAUGAUCGAUUGACACUUGAAGAUGAUCUCGCCAAAUGCGAGGAUGAGCUGUUCUUCCUGAUGAAGGCUAUUACUUCAUCCCAGAGGAGAGCCGAACCGACAAUGUCUGAGGUGAAUGGCAUUCUGCGUUGGAACAUAUCUGCCUCUGAGGUUGUUUGGCAUUUGAUGAAAGACCAGUCGGAGCCGUUGAUCGAGAUUCAACUCCGGAAUGCCGAGUAUGACCGCACUGACAAUUCGGAUGGUUCCAACCACAACGAGGUCGCGAUCGAACGAUUGUAUGGUUUGAACCUGCUCUCGGAUGCCAUAUAUCCUCAGAUCAUUGUGCCGUAUCUCGACCAAGCGCGCAAACUUGACGGAGCAGAAGAUUCCAUGCUCAGGGUAAAAUGGCAUAUGCUGGAAGCUGUCGCCGGUAUUCCAGUCCUAGACGACUUCGAGGUGUCAUUGUUCCCACUCAAGGUCCAGUUGGAACACGAACUUGGGCAGAAGGUUUUCGAGUACAUUUUCCCCAACGUCGGUUCGAGUGCGUUCGACAACGGCGGUUUCUCGCCUAUGAUGAUAAAGAACAUGCAGCCAAUCGACGAUUCGGAUGACGAUGACGAAAGCCCGCAACCCCCGCCGACAUCAUACACCAAAGGGGACUUCCCGUCAGACUAUCAACAAGGGACUAGAGGCCCUGGGGAUAUUGAACUUCGACUUCAGGCUACGUUAUCCUUAUCUGACGACAAGAAAGCACCAAGUGUCCGCUCGAACCAGCGCAAGGGUCUUGGGAUAACUCCGCUCACUCGGGACAACAACAAAUUAGGGGCGGAUAUGACUCGGCAAGUCACCCGUCCAUCGACUAGUGGCGGAUUAACCAAGAAGAGGUCUGCCGACAGCAUGCGCGUUCUGUCAAAGAACGGCGAGAAGCCCCAGACCAGCUCGGGUGAUAUUGAAGAAAAGAGCAAGAAGUUCACCCUUUCGCGUGACAAGAACGGCAAGUCCAAGGAGGGAGCAGAUGAUCUCUCCCAGAUGAUGUCUCGGGCGUCGAAUUACAUGACGCUUGCCCAUAUCAAGGUGCAUGAUGUCGUGCUCUGCUUGAGUUACAAGGGUAAAGGCGACCACAACCUCGAGGACCUGCACGACUUUGUUUUCCGGUUACCGGUACUCGAGUACCACAACAAGACCUGGUCCAACCUCGACCUCGCCUUGCGUCUCAAGAAGGAUGUGAUCAAGGCUUUGAUCUCGCAUGCGCCCGCCAUUCUCGGGAACAAGUUUUCGUACAACCGACCUUCGAAGCAACAACAAAAGCGACUACGAGAACGCGAGCAGGCGAAUACCAGUCAAGUAUUACAGAACUCUGACAGCAUCGCAAACCCGCCAGCCUCAGACAAGACUCAAAGUCUGGCGAGCUUAGAUUCCAAUAGCGAAUAUUCGGACUCGCCGUCGAGAAGGUCAUUCCAGUCUGGUGCUUCGCCACUUGGGAGAUCAAAUUCGAUUGGCUCUAGCAUGAAGAGCGGUUACACUCAGGACAGAGCGGCGUCGGAUUCCCGCUCUAUCAAUGAAGCGGAUGUGGAUUCUCGCUGGGAGCAAUCUCGACGGUUCAUCAACCCUCCCAGCCGACCCGUGACUUCGGGUGGCAUCGAGACGAGUGCUCGGGCUCGUAACUGGGAUGGGCAAGAUGAGAGUCACAAAAUGACAUUCAAGAGUUUGGGUCGGAAGCUGAUGCCUUCUCGAAAGUAAGCUCGAAGGCCGCUUUUUGAUUCCCUGCGCAUUUGACCGGUGUUAUGGACGAUGUUUUACAUUUAAUUUCUGCCACAUUUCCCUUCUCAUCUCUUGUUCAACAUUAUCUAUUGUAACUAGUCAUCUUUUGCGAUGAGAUACCCUUAUGCAGUGGGACCAUAUACAGGCGUCGAGUCGUUAUUGCAUUGCUUUUGUUCAUUUAUCUCUGUUUCUGCAAAAAAGAGCUUUCUUUCUUGUACUCAUUGCUUUUUUUCUCUUUCUCUUUUUAAUUCUUUUCUUUCCAUUUCUAUUGCUAUUUAACUGCAUUUGCAAAACUUGCAUGCUGGAAUAUAUAUUGUAAAGUAGUACAUCUAGCUAGGGCACAAUAUGACUAUAAUUGUUCACUUGCAUG